AUGCAGGGCCUCAAUGGCACUCCUUUCCAGCCAGAAAUGUUCCAGUUGACGGGCAUUCCAGGGAUGCACACAGGCCAGGCCUGGGUUGUCCUGGUUUUCUGCAUCCUUUGUUUGGUCUCCAUUUUGGGCAACCUCAGCAUCCUUGCCCUGGUGGUCCGUGAGCCUGCUCUGCACCAGCCCAUGUAUUACUUCCUCUCCAUGCUGUCUCUCAAUGACCUGGGUGUGUCCUUUUCCACUCUUCCCACUGUUCUUGCCACCUUCUGCUUCAACUACCGCCGGGUUGGAUUUGAUGCUUGCUUGGUCCAGAUGUUCUUCAUUCACACUUUCUCUUUCAUGGAAUCAGGCAUACUGCUGGCCAUGAGUUUUGAUCGUUUUGUGGCUAUUUGUGACCCAUUACGCUAUGCCGCAGUGCUCACCAAUAGCCGCAUAUUGACCACGGGACUGGGAAUUCUUACCAAGAGUUUUACCACUCUGUUCCCUUUCCCCUUUCUGGUAAAAAGACUGCCUUUCUGCAAAGGCAAUGUUUUGCAUCACUCCUAUUGUCUGCAUCCAGAUCUCAUGAAGGUGGCUUGUGGAGACACCCGUGUGAACAACAUCUAUGGACUCUUUGUGGUCAUUUUCACCUAUGGGGUGGACUCAGUUUUCAUCCUUCUUUCUUAUGCCUUGAUUUUGAGAGCUGUGAUGGCCAUUGCAUCCCAGGAGCAACGGCUUAAGGCUCUCAACACCUGCAUGUCACACAUCUGUGCAGUGCUGGCCUUUUAUGUGCCCAUCAUUGCUGUUUCCAUGAUCCAUCGAUUUUGGAAAAAUGCUCCAUCUGUUGUACACGUCAUGAUGUCAAAUGUGUACCUGUUUGUGCCUCCCAUGCUCAACCCUAUCAUCUACAGUGUGAAGACCAAGGAAAUCCGCAAAGGUAUCCUCAAGCUUUUCCAUAAAUCCUAG